AUGAGUAGUAUACUUUGCGACGAAGUGUAUAAGAACCUAUUGUAUCAACAACUCUGGACUGAAGUUGAGGUAAAACGGUAUGGAGAGGUCGAUAUUGUGUGUGGGAAGCCAUCUCAUCGACUUACGAAUGACGAUGCUGAUGAUGAGGAUAUGUUGCUAGAAGGUAAGGAGUAUGUGUAUCCGCUACAGAUGCAUCAGUAUAAGGGAAGUGGGUUAACAAUAGAGGUUCUUGGGCGUUUGUUUUCGCAGCUUCCGGAGAAGUUAAAGCGGUUGACAUUGGGAAUAGUGAAUGAUGACGGAACGAUAGUGUACUAUUUCGUGUAUAAGGGGGUCCGGAAACCCAAGAAGAAUUGA